AUGGACACAACAGAACACACUUCUGAUGAGCCACUGCUCAGAGGCAAAAGGAGGCAAGAUCUUCAAGAGAUGCUGAGGCAAGUAGGACUGGAUAUUGAGUACUGGUUGCCCAAGCUGCAGCAAGAUCUGGGCUUGACCUGUCCUCAAGUCAUACAACACUUAACAGAAAAAGACCUCCAGAAACUGAAAUCCCAGGUACAACAUCCAUGGGAGAAAAGGGCCCUGGAGAAGCUGGUUGUCCUGUCACACUCAAAUAGUCUUCCAGAGUUUCAGGAGUCACCAGUGGAAAUGAUAAUGAAAAAGCAGAAGCAGGUAGAACAAUUGCUGCAGGAGCUGGGAAACUUCUUAUUAGAAGGGAGGCAGAGACAGGAAGAAGCAGUGAGGAAAAAAGAAGCAGAGCUGAGGGAAGCCAUGGAGAUCCCUGAAGAGUACUGGCCAGUGCCUGAAAAACCCCUAAGAGAAGUCAUGGAAAUCAUGCAGCGACAACUCAGUCCCAAGGAGCAGACACUGUCUCACAGGCAAAACCUCCCAGAUAGAGAUCUAAUAAGAUGGGCAUCUGGAGGGCUUGCUCUGCAAGGGGUUUACCAAACAUGCAACCAAAUAGACCUGAUACAGAAGAGGGAGGAGCUACUCAGUAUCCCCAAGGAUUUCUCCCUCUUUGGCCCCCAGCAAAGCACAAGAAUGGAAACAAAACAAUUUACAUCUUUUCAAGAAGAAUCCAUGUUCACCCAGACAAUAGAAAAGAUGGGCUUCAGUGUAAGUGCCUCUGCCUAUGGUGGAGGCUGGGGAAUUCCAAUAGAGAUUGGAAUGAAUAAAAGCAAGCAUUCAGAAUCCAAGGAAACACAACAAGCAAGUUCUGAGUGUACAUAUUUCUGCUCAACCAAGUUCUGCUAUGUCCCACUGGCCUCUUGCUACUUUCACAUGAAUGAGCUUCAGCUAUCCAAGCCUGCCCUUCAGGAAUUGAAAUACAUGGAAGUAGUCUUGGAUCAGAGGGCAGACACAGAUAAUGUCUCUUUACUGAAGCAGAGGACUGAAAUUUUCUUCCGCAGGUUUGGCUCUCAUGUAAACCAAGGUCCUAUGCACCUGGGAGGAAUCUAUGGAUGGAAGGCAAUUUCAGAGGGAUUCCAAAGUGACCAGCUGGCUGAUGUGAAGCAGCAAGCAGCAGAGGUCCUGGAUAUUUACAUAAAAGGAAGCUACAGUGGAUAUCCAAUAAAAGUUGCUGGGGAUAUGAGUGUGUCAGACUCACAUUGCAAAACAGUUUCCCAAAGCCAAAUUUUACAAAAUCUUCAAACCAAAAUCCAACUAUCUGUAGCCCAGAUAGGUGGCCCAACAGAAGCAGAUAGCCUUGUCCAGUGGAAAGCUGGCCUUAGUUCCAGCAAUCAAACCUGGUGUGUCAUUGACCGGGAACUUCAGCUGGUGCCCGUUUGGGACAUCAUCCUCUCUAGUCACAGAAGUGACUUUAAAGAUCCCCUUAAGAUAGCUAACUGCCUGAAAGACAACUACACUGCUCUGACUGGCCUCAGUGCACAGAUCCAGGAGGGAAGUGGAUUGUUGAGUGCUGGGAAGGAGGCAAGAGUUUUCCUAGAGGAGGUAAAAUCCUGGGAGGUAACUGAUCCUGAAGUGCAGCUUCAAAAACUGAUAGCAUUCAUGCAAACACUGAGUCAAAAAAUAAAUGAUUAUGACACUUGGAUUAACCAAUGUCUCACAGACUGGGACCUACAGAAUUUUCUAGUAAACACUGUCAAUUUUAGCAAAAAUUCUUCCAGACAUAAAAUUACUUUUAUUAAAUCACAGUUGCGCACUCUUCUGGAUCCCCACGUCUACAAAGUGAAAAACUUUCCUCAGGCUCGCUCCAUCAUGCAAUGGAUCUACUGUAAGUCAGAGUCAGAGCAAGAGCAGCUCAACAUCUCCCAAUUUUCUCAGUUUAUUAAAAUCUUAAAGGAAACCCAGAAUGAACUCUUUGAAGUGAAUGUCAAGUGUGAAGACCAAGAAACAGAGAAAGAAGCUCAAAGAAACGUCACCUAUAAGAUCAGCUUAGCUCUCAGCAGCUUCCUGAAUCACCUCCAAGCAACAGAGCAGACAGACACACACCUCUUGAUACUUUCCAUUGCAGCUGGUGCAGGAUAUCAGGUGGUAAGCAAUGUUUUUUGGUAUCUCCUGGGCCGUGAUGAGCUAAACUUCCUACUGGAUGAAAUGCAAACUGCCUUCAAUAAAUACCAGGAGCUCAAAAAUAUUUCAAGCUACAGAGCUCAUGCAUUCCUAGUGCUCACAGGUCUGACAGCCAAAGCUGGAGUAGUAGCUGUUUCUCCAGAAGAGAAGAUAAAACGCAUGGAGUUUAUGAGAAAACAUAUGGGACGAUUUAUUUCUAAAGAAGUUGUACAUGUCCUCUCUAAACUUGGGGCAGAUCAUGAUUGGGAAAACCUAGAAAGAGACUUGAGGUUGCUCAUUGAUGGGGAUUGUGAAGCCACCAUCUCUUCUUUGAAAAUGGAUGAGGUCAAAAGACAGCUACAAAGUCUUCUCCAUGAAAAAAAACAGCCCUGUGAAUCAGAUAUUAAUGCAAGUAACACAAGUGAAAUAAUAGAAAACAGAGCCUUUCUAGAUUUACUCCAGCGUCUUGGCCUAGAACAUUACUACCCAAAAAGGAUGAAUAGAGCUGACUUCCAUUUGAUCUACAAGACUUCUGUGUACAACACCCAGCCCAAAUGUGAACAGGAACUUCCCUUCUAUUUUCUUCAGAAACUACUGAUGCUGGAUUAUGGACUGAGGUACCAUGUCUUCAAAGAUGAUGAAAACAUAGAACAUCAGGUCUCUUCAAGUGCCUCCAAACAGGAAAAUGAGGCUAUUGAUCCUUAUGAAGACUUUUUUGAAGAUGGUGAUAGUCUUACUAAUCCUUUGAGAACAGAGUCCAGGCCCCACAUUCACCCCAUGGAUAUUCAGAUGGCCAUUUUUCAUUGUGCAGAUGAUUUUGCCAGACAAUAUAUUUUGACCAAAUUAUCCAUCUGUCAAUUUGCCCUGCCCCUCCUGGUGCCAAAUCCCUGCACUUCUCAAAUUGAAUUCUCUCUCUGGUCUCUCAGACAAAUUAGGAGAAGUUGGCAGGAAGGAAAGAAAUCACCACAAGGGAAGAACAUUCACAAGAAUCUUCACAUGUGUCGUGUCUCCACUCCCAUUGUGUCCUUCAUUAGAAUAGGCAAUGGCCUCUCUGCUUCCAAAUCUCAGAUCAUGAACUGUCUUCUCAGUGAACAUAAACAUGAUGUGUUUUUCCACCGACACUGCAGAGAAAGCAGCAAGAAUUGCCUCUUGAUGGGGGGUGUGGUGGAAAUCUGCUGGUUCUGCCCUGGAGGGGAAGAGGAGGACAGGUUUGACAACUGUGUGACCUUCAUGAACCUUCAUGGAGAUGCAAAGGAACAUAAGAGGCAACUCACCUUCCUGCAGGAGGUCUCCUCUCUCAUUGUGGUCCUCAUGUCUGCUUCUGAUGAAAAUAAAGAAAACAAAAAAAUAGUCCGUGACCUGUGGCAAUCAUCAAGACCUCUGAUAUGCUUACUUGAUGACAAAGAAAAAUCCAAAGCCAAUAAUGGUGGUAGAAGAGUGAAAAUUGGCCUGAGGAAUAGAAAUGAGGCAGAAUUGACAGAGGAGCUGAUAAUUACCAUCAGACGUUUGCUAGAGCUCUGUGACACUGCUCUCAGCAUGGAGCACUGCUCUCCAAUUGCUCGCCAGCAAGGAUUUCUUAUUGAUGAAGACCAGAAAAAUUGCAAGGAAGCCAAACAAAAGGCUGAGACUAUCAUGGACCUCCUAAAAGAAACAGAGUUGUCUCAGAUGAAGGAAAAAUUUCUACCCCUUCAGGGGCAACUAUGGCAUCUUUGGUGUAAGAAGGACAAAGAACUAUAUCAUUUGAGAGAAAAGGGGAAUAGAAGCAUUGAACAACACAAGAGUGAUGUUGAGGCAGAUAAACAAAUAAUACGACAUCAGCAGUUGACAAGAGCCUUUCCUCUUGAAGAUAUAAUGGGAUUUGUCCUUCAAAUUCUCCAUGAAUAUUCAGAAACUCACACUAUAUUCUACUUCUUGCAAUGGAUGAGUGUGUUUUUGGAUAGCCUGACUGCAGAGCAUUUGGAAAAAUUGCAUGAAAAACUAAUUCAUUUGUGGUCAAUUGUGAAAACAGAAAAGCAAAAAUCCCAAACCAGCAACUUAAAACUCUGGCAAAAUAAAAUAGAAGCCAUAUCUACUGAGAUUACUGACUGUACCUUGGGAAUUGAGCAGUUUCUCAGAGAAGUUGGCCAGAUCUAUGAAGCUCUGGAAGAAAGUUCUGCCAAAAGAGAGACAAUUUUUCUCUCCCUUCCCCAAAUUGCUGCAGACCUGAUGAUAGCUGGUGUCCCCAUAGAGCUGAUGGACGGAGAUGCUUCCUAUGUGCCCCUAAAGUGGGUGGCAGCUAUUCUUGACAAGCUCUCUGAGAAACUUGGAGACAAACGGCUCUUUGUUCUCUCUGUCCUUGGCCUGCAGAGCUCUGGGAAGUCCACUCUGAUGAAUGCUCUUUUUGGGCUGCAGUUCACUGUAAGUGCAGGCAGGUGUACCAAGGGGGCCUACAUGCAGCUCCUGAAGGUGGCUGAGUCAUCCAGAGAGGAACUUGGCUUUGAUUUUUUGCUUGUUGUAGACACAGAAGGACUUCGGGCCCCAGAACUCAGCAACAAGUCCCAGAAUUGGGACAAUGAGUUAGCCACCUUUGUCAUUGGGCUUGCAAACUUGACUCUGAUCAAUAUAUUUGGGGAGAAUCCAUCAGAAAUGCAAGAUAUCCUACAGAUAGCUGUCCAAGCCUUUCUGAGGAUGAAACAAGUGAAAAUCUCCCCAACUUGCAUAUUUGUGCAUCAGAAUGUAGGAGAAAUGACAGCUAAAAACCGAACUACAGAAGGACGAAGGCGGUUAGAGCACAGGCUAGAUGAAAUGGCAGCACUGGCUGCUAAACAAGAAGAGUGCUCAGAUGUAACCUGCUUCAGUGACGUCAUUAAGUUUGAUGUCAAUACUCAUGUGUACUACUUUGCUCACCUCUGGGAUGGCAAUCCCCCCAUGGCCCCUCCCAAUCCUCACUAUAGCCACAAUGUCCAGGAACUGAAAAGUAAAAUCCUUUUGACUGCCAAACAGGAAUCCAGAGGAAGUAUCAUGAGAAUAUCAGACGUAAAAUUCAGAGUUCAAGAUUUGUGGAGAGCCCUGGUAAGUGAAAACUUCAUUUUCAGUUUC